CGAGCUCAGCUUAUCUGUGGCCACCCGCAAUAUCACGUCCGCCUGGCGCUGCCUCGCCCUCACUCCCACCGAUCGAGCCUCGUGCUUGCGCACUCGCAGAUCACAAGAUUGUGCGCAAAUUCGCCGCAAUUCAAUGCCACUUUGGUUGUGAACAAGUUUGCAAGCCGUGAUAGUGGGUAGUGGUGGUGCUGGUUGUAGUAUUUGCAGCUGUGGGUGGGUUGGGUGGGUUAGUGAAUUUGCUUUGCAGGAGCAAUGGACGCUGUCGUUGGUCGCACCUCAUGCCCCUUGUCUCUGUCUUCCUCGUAUCAAUGGAUUGCUGGGUCGCCAUCUGCUUCUCGUGCUACAGUCGUUGUUAGAGGUACAAGCCGGCGUGACGGUAAACACAAAGCAGUGCGUUGCGAGCAGGUUCCAGAAUGCAGCACCAGCAAUUGUCAAACAAUGCAGAGACGAGAGGUUAUCGGUCAAGCUCUAUUAGCCAUGUCCAUGAGCUUUGCUCCUCCAGCUCGUUCGGCCACAGACACAGAUGCUGCUACUGAAUUUACGACUUACGAGGAUGCAGCCGAUAAAUUCACAUUGCUCGUGCCACAAGCCUGGAACAGAGGCGAAGGGAAAACGUCCGGGCAAAGGAAAGUCACGGCUUUCUAUCCUGCGGAUGGCGGUCUUACCAAUGUAAAUAUAGUCAUAACAGGACUCGGAGCAGAUUUCACGAGUUUAGGAUCCUUUGGCACGGCCGACAAUUUCGCGGAGAAUUUGGUGAACAGUUUGGACAGGAGUUGGCAGAAACCCCCGGGCCAGAAAGCAAGGCUUGUGGAUUGUAAAUCAAGAGCAGAUAAAUACUAUGUAGAAUACACUAUACAGAGACUCGGAGAGCAGCAGCGGCACUUAGUCUCAGUUGUUGGGAUUGGAAACAAUGGAUGGGUCAACAGAUUAUACACCGUCACGGGCCAGUACUUUGAGGAAGACUCAGCCAAAUAUAAACAAGACAUUAACAAGAUCAUCUCCUCUUUCAAAAUACUGUAGUUCAUAGAUCGAAGACUCGGGGCACAGACUGCAGACCAUGGAGUUUAUGACUGACCAGCAUUGUGGUAAAACCUGGGAUUUUCGUUCCUCAUGCUUCGUGUCACAGAGAAGCUCAUUGAGUUGGGAGAACUGAAGUGGUUGUGUAAACACGCUGGGGUUGUUUUGCAUGUGGUGAGAGCAGAUGUCCUUCGAGCAGCCAUUCAUAAAUCUCAAGAUGAGUUUAUUCUGUUCUGCAGAAACUGCCGAACCUGGAUUCUUGUAAUAGAACCAUUCAAUAAUUUCCAAGGUCACCAUUGGGCCUGAGAUAUCAUCACCUUUAUUGCUCA